UGAAUAUCAGUGAAAACAUACAUAUACCAGUCAACCUCCUCAAGACUAUUCUAUUCUAUUCUCACCAAGCAAUAGCGACUCGUUCAAUAAUUUAUUAGCUUACCGUUUACUAUUCAUACAUCCGUAUAACACCAAUAACUUACCACCAACUUAAAUUUAAAAUGGUUACCUCUGGAUCCCCUUCCGAAUCUCCUCGUGGAGCUCCUAGCAACAUGGAUGCUUUUGCUCUGUUUGAGGCACUUACGGGCCACAAAAUCGACAGGCGCGUUAUUCCUUCUAGGACUAUGUCCGAGGACUACGAGGUCCUCGGCAACGAGAGGGAUGACCGCCCUCCCCUUGGCCAGGAGCCUUCUCCUGAUGAGCCUCCCAAGGAUGUGUUCAUCGGUGCCAUCAACCCGUAUGCCCUAGUUGAGGCUAUGGUCGGCCAUCGAUUGGACCGUCAUGCUCUGUCGACUGCGCGCAUCCUCGCGGAUGUCCUGCAGACCGACUACGACGAGCUCUUCGACCUGAAGCACAACUCGGUGCUCUUUGCCGGCCUCAAGCUCAACGAGGAGAACCGCCAGGCCGAGGAGAUCUCCGAGAAGGAGAUGCAGAUCCUCGACGAGCGCGACCUUGUCACUCCCGACUUGUCCCGCGUCAAGAAGCUCGACGACCUCGAGAAGAUCGGCCUCAAAGAGGUCGGCGACAUCCGCAUCAAGAUGGCCCGCAUGCAGAAUGGCAAGCUCCGUCUUGUCCUUGAUGGCCAGUCUCUCAGCAAGACUGUCAGUAACCGCGAUGUUACCGAGACCAUAAACGAGCUUGUGCUUCCCUUCCGCCACGGAAAGGAAGACCAGCCGUGGUCUCCCCCCAACAGCUCCUGGCGCGACAUGAACGAUGUCAUCUUCCGGAACAUCCCGCGUCGCUUCAUGAUGGACGGCCCACUCUUCGCCAUGCAAGGCAACUCCCACCAAUUCCGGGAGCAAUACCAGCACCGCUUCGACGACCCGACCCAGGGAGCCUCGAGCGACAGCUGGCUAAUCGCAGGCAUCUUCUCCGUGUUCUGGGCGAACCCCGCCAUGAUCAACCGAUCCACGCGGACGACCGUGACCGGACCCAUGGACCGCCGCCGCCGCACCCUGAACAUCCGCUUCCACGACAAGGGCGGCCGCAACAACGCCGACACGGACACCGUCGAGGUCGACUACCAGAUCCCCAUCAACAACUCGACCGACAUGCCCAUCUACGCGCACUCCAGCGACGGCUACGAGACUUGGCCCGCGCUCUACGAGAAGGCCUUCAUCAAGUGGAUGACCCGUUCCGAGGACCGCGGCCGCGUCGACAUGACCCAGGCUCACAGCGGCGACCCAAUCAAGGCCAGUGCGUAGUCAUCCAUCCAUCC